AUUUAAAAAUUUAGAGAUAAUAGAUUAAUUUAUAUAUAAUUGAAUUAUAUAUAUUUAUCAGAUUUUGUGAACGUCAAAUGACAAUAUGUCGUUAAUAUGUCGAAAACUAUGUUCUUUUAUUUUAUUUGAACAUUUUGGACAGAUUGUACAAUGUGUAGGUGAAGAUUUAUUUAAAUAUGGUGCUAAACCAUUAGUAUUAAUUCGACAUACAACACAUCUUCCUGUAACAAAGAUCAAAGAAGCAUUAUGUGUUUUAAUAAAAUAUGGUCUUGUAAAAUAUCGUCAAACAGAAAAGGGAAUGGAAUAUAUUUUAAUUUAUGAAAGAGUCUUAAAUAUUCUUCGUUAUCCAAAGUAUAUGUUUUUUGUAAAAACAAAUUGUGGAAGUGAAGCUGAAAUGAUGUUAGAACAAGUAUUAAAAAAUGGAUAUAUAACAGCUUCUGAAGUGAUUAUAAAAACAUAUAAAAGAAUGGAACAAUUACCUUCUAGUAUACAGCCAUCAAUUCCAGUUUUGAAAGAGAAGUUUGAGUUGCUUAUCAAAUAUCAAUUUUUAAUGCGUAGUACAAACAAAAGUGAAGAAGAAGGAAAUUCAAAAUGUGAUUUUACAUUACCAGAUUUGGAUUUAGCUGCUAUUGCAAAAUACUUGGAAGGAGACAAUUGUAAUCUUAAAGAUAAAAUUUAUUGGGAAAUCAAUAUUGAUCGUUUUACUCAAGAUUUUAGGGAUCAAAUUAUUGUAUCAUCUAUAAGCAAAAGACUUGAUAAAAAUGCAGGGGAAUUGAUGAGGCGAUUAUUAUUUCUUAUGUAUCUAAGAACAGCAUCAUGGGAAGAUACGUCCAAUCCAAUACCGUUUGCGGAAAUAAAAGAUGCAGUUAAAAAACUCAAUUAUCCAUUACUUACUCAGCAUCUUGAUCAAUAUUUACGUCUCAUUGAGGAAGAUAGUAGUCAAUUUUUAAAACGAGUUGGAGAUUCUGGAGGUGGUCAAUAUAGUGUUAAUAUGAAAGAAGCAUUUAAUCAAUUGGCAUGGGCAUCUUUAGAAAAUAUUGUAAUGGAACGAUUUGGUUCAAAAGCUGCUAGAAUUUUUAGGUUAGUGCGUGCUAGAAAGUACAUUGAACAAGAACAAAUUCAACAAUUAGCUAUGAUUCCAGCAAAAGAAGCAAAACAUUUGACAUAUACUCUACUGCAAGAAAAUUAUUUACAAAUGCAGGUAAAAAAAAGUGGAGUAUCAGCUGCACCAAUAAAAACAUUUUUUUUAUUUCAUAUUGAUAUAAAUUUGGUGGUUCGUAUGGAAAUCGAACACUGUUAUCAUGCAUUAUACAAUAUAAUGCAAAGACGAGAAUAUGAAGUAAAUAGUAAUAAGCGUAUGAUUGAUAAACAAUUGCGAAUGCAAACAUUAACAAGUAAUUUAAAAGAACAUGGUGCUCCCGAAGAACAGUUAGCAGAGAUUGCAGAAAUGAUGACUCCAACUGAGAAACAACAAUUAGAAAAAGUCCAAAAUACAAUUAAGAAAUUGGGUAUCACUGAAUUACAGAUUGAUGAUACUCUAUUUCUGUUGACGAUGUAUUUACGUUAUCAUUAAAUGAAGGCAUAUUUUGUAAAAAUAUGACAUUAUCAUGAUUAUUAUAUUAUAAUAACGCUGUUCAUUUUUAUUCAAGUACGCAGUCAAUGCGUAAAUCCAUCAAAAAACAAAUACAUAAAAUUUCAUUUCAUUUAUAUAGUUAUUUAUUUAUGUAUAAUAAUGGUUACGCUUGUAAAAUACAAACAACAAAGAAUACCUAACUUUCAAAUUAUUGUAAUAAAUAUAAUCAUAUGUCUAUGUUUA